UGGCUCGCGGGAGGCAUGAUGCCACCGGGCAUCUCUUUUUAAGAGAAAAGCCAGGACCGGUGGAGCAGCCAGCCACCCCUGAACCGUGUGCUUUCUGUGCUGAGCGGCAGGACCGGGCUGCGGAGUCGGACCAACAUGAGCGAGAGACAAGGUGCUGGGGCAACCAAUGGAAAAGAUAAGACAUCAGGAGAAAAUGAUGGGCAGAAGAAAGUCCAGGAAGAAUUCGACAUUGACAUGGAUGCCCCAGAGACAGAGCGUGCAGCGGUGGCAAUUCAGUCCCAGUUCAGAAAAUUCCAGAAGAAAAAGGCCGGCUCUCAGUCCUAGUUGGGGAGCUGCUACCUGGUUCACCUGAAGACACCAAGUUCAACCAUCAUCUGUCAAGAAAUUAAAAGAAAAACACCCUAGAGAAGUCAUCCACACACAGUACACAUACUGAAAACCUAAAAUGCAUGUACAGAGAUCCACACUACUUAAAGCCUUGUAGGCAGGUGUAGACAAUGAAAUUGUGAGUAAUCCCUAAGUUUAUCUCCAUGGCCAUCCAUCUGAAACUGUGUUCCUUGAUGUUGUAAUAAAAGGAAGUAAGAUGAAUGA